AUGCCGAAAGUGACGGUCCGCUUCACGGAUGAGCCUUCUUCGGGAUUGAUGGACUCGGUUGUAAAGAUCCUUGAAGGGCCGGGGGGACCACCGCCGAUUGGGCUACGAACAUGGCCUCCGAUCUACUUGUCGGCGCGCGACAUGAGUGAUGAGGAAAUCGGCGAGCUGCAGAAACUCCGCGGCGUCGAUGUCGUCCGCCACGAGGAGGCAUGA